UCGUCAUAUUUUUCUCCCUCCCCCUCCACCUGGUCUCCCUCCUAAAUUCCUUCUCCCGGGAAGGACACCUCUCUCUCUCUCGAGAAACCUCACCCUCCUCCUCCCCGGAGACACAACUAUAAAUACACUCAGGUACAAUAUAAGAGGAAUUGAACGAGAUUGAUCACAUUAAUGUGAUAUGGAGCUGGACCUGGACAAGCUGAGCGCGGCUCGGGUCCUGGGGAGGGGGGCGAUGGGCACCGUGUUCCUGGUCAUCGACCCGUCGGCCCACCCUUCACGGCCGCCGGUGUUCGCCCUCAAGGUGGUGGAAAAGCACUCCCCCACCGCCAAGCCCGACGCCGACCGCCGCGCCCGCUGGGAGCUCUCCGUCCUCUCCCGCCUGGCCCCCCACCCUUUCCUCCCCUCGCUGUUGGGUUCCUUGGAGACCCCGGAUUUGUUGGCCUGGGCCGUCCCCUUCUGCCCUGGCGGCGACCUCAACGCCCUCCGCUACUCUCUCUCCGACCGCAUCUUCUCCCCCACUGCCAUCCGCUUCUACCUCUCCGAGAUCGUCUCCGCCCUCGCCCACCUCCACUCCCUCAGCAUCGUCUACCGCGACCUCAAGCCCGAGAACGUCCUCCUCCAGGCCUCCGGCCACGUCACCCUCACCGACUUCGACCUUUCCCGCCACCUCGCCCCCAAACCCCUCCCUUCCCCCUUCUCCUCCCCCGCCUUCAAUGUCCCUUAUAUCAAUCCCACCUCCCUCCCUUCGCCACCUAACAACCACCGCCGACGCCGCAACCUCACCCGGAUCUUGUUCGGUGGCCACGCCAGCUCCGGCGGCGGUUCCCCCGACAUCAGCGUCCACCUCCAGCAGCAGCUCAGAAAGGCCAAGUCCGCCCGCGUCUCCCCCGUCAGCCGCCGCCGCCCCAGCAUCUCCGGCCCUGUCGCCAGCGCCGCGUGCGAGCGCUCCCACUCGUUCGUCGGCACCGAGGAGUACGUCUCCCCCGAGGUCGUCCGCGGCGACGGCCACGAGUUCGCCGUCGACUGGUGGGCGCUCGGCAUCCUCACCUACGAGAUGGCCUACGGCAGAACCCCCUUCCGCGGCCGCAACCGGAAGGAGACCUUCCGAAACGUCCUCACCCGCCAGCCGGAGUUCGCCGGACGGCAGCGCACCGACCUCAUCGACCUCAUCUCGCGUCUCCUAGCCAAAGACCCCACCCGGCGACUCGGGUACGCCGGCGGGGCGGAGGAGGUCAAGGCCCACGCGUUCUUCCAGGGAGUCCAGUGGGAUCUUCUCGCCGACGUCAACCGCCCCCCCUUCCUCCCGCCACUAGAGGACCUGGAGGAGGAGGUGCUCGCGCCUUUCUCUGACGAGACCGCCGCUGCCGUCAGGUGCUUCGACAUCCAGGACUACUUCAAGCGGAUCCGGCAGAAGCAGACCUCGCCGGCGGCGCCGUCGCCGUUCUCGUCGUCAGUGUCGCUGGCGGAAUUCUGACGGUUACCGUUAGGUGUCUACCUGUUCUUUUUUAACCUUCCUUUUUAAAAUAAAACGGUGGACCUUCUCUCGGUAUUGGGGUUGUACAUAAUGGAAGAGGGGCCGUGCCGUGCGGAGCCGGGUUUCAUCAGUGGGGGACGCUGGUUGUAAUUAGGAAUAACUUUUAGUGGGUAUUUCAAAAAAAAUUUGGAAGACACGUUUGCUGUGCGCACGUUUGGAAGACACGUUUGCCUUCUACCGGAUCCAAGCAUGUUGUUUGUAAUACUCCUCCAUUUCUUUCGACAAAUGUUUAUUAUUUCUUGAUAAUUGCAGGGAUCUGUUGCCAUCUCAUCCCUCAUUCUCGACUUUGAAAUCUAGAGAGCAAAUCUUACUCUUAUACUUCAUCAGCCACUUUUCAAACAUUUGUUUGUGGCGGACGAGAUCAUAUGUAGCUGUAUACACAUAAUCAAAGGAGGUAUAUGGAAAAGAUCCUCAUUAAAAAAUACA